AUACAAUUAUCAGAUAUAUUGUGGAGAUAAACACGCAAUACACACAAUACACACAGCGUUGGUUGACGAAGCCUACAAUGAAAUUCUCAACUCCUUUGAUCCUUCUCUCCGUGCAAGGGCACCUCUUGGGCGCCCUCGCAACAAAACAUUCGGCGUCUUCCUACCCUGGUCUGACCGAUACCGACUGCCAGAUCCGUUGUCCCCAGAGCACAAACCCUUCAAAAGUGAUUCUGCCCGCUAUUGUCAAUAUCCAGAAUGCUACCGGCGAUUGGGACAACGCCCUCGAGUGCUGGGAAGUGGACACAAUAUCAUCUAGUCUGCCCGGAAUUGACAAUGCAUAUCGUCUAGACUGGGAGGACGGGUUUGAUGCUGGCUAUCAGUAUAUCUUCUAUGGGGAGUCUUUCAUGCAGGCGCACAGCACUCCUGAGCCAAGUCUGAUCGUUGUAGGAGGUGGAAUAGGUGAUUUGCGCAUGCCCUCUGGUCGCUGCCUUCGGGUUCAAGGAGGCGAUAACUUUUUCAGCUUCGGUACCAAGGGUAAAAUGACUGCAUGGUGGGCUCCAGGAACGGUGGUUUCAGACUUUUAUUUCAAGGAUGGGGUAAUUCCGGAGCACGUCGUUGUGCCAGAGCUUGAGGAGAGCCAGUAUGGACGCUUAUUGAAGCAUCAACAAGAACGUUUGGAUCUCUAGGAGAUGCGACUAACAAGGGCACCGGUAAAAAUUCUUUACACCAUUUGAGUCUAUUCAAAGAAAGAUUUUGGGCGAUGAAGAAGGUUGAUCAGUCAAUAUCAUCAACAGCAUUUGGAGUCUACCAUAUGUUUCUGGUUCAAUUGAAAUAAGUUAUAGAAGGCCAUAAUGUAUCUAGAUAGUAAAAGCAAUAUAAAUCAAGCUGUACCUAGUCACGGUAAUCUGCCAAAUCAUGUUCACAGUCAUGCUUCAUAUAGAUACAUUCAUAUUUAGACUUUUUGCCUGAAUGCAGCAUCUGCACCUCAAGUGAUCCGCGAAAUAUCCUUGUAGUGUCUUCAAUUAAUAAAUUGUAGAUCACCCACGUAACUAC